GCUGCCACCACUAUUCUUUUUGAAUUCGGUCACACUUUCGGUGAUUGUAAUAAAAAAGGAACAGGCCGGUUUUGUUAAAAAAUUAACGAAAUCAAGUUAGUUUUAAUCUGCCGCCCAUUUUCUCCAAUUUGACCUUCGACACGCCGAAAAUGCCCCGAUACAAGGAGUGGGACCUGGCCUGCAAGGUGUAUGUGGGCAACCUGGGGAGCUCCGCGUCCAAGUACGAGAUCGAGGGUGCUUUCAGCAAAUACGGACCCUUGCGCAACGUUUGGGUGGCCCGCAAUCCUCCGGGCUUCGCCUUCGUGGAAUUCGAGGACCGGAGGGACGCGGAGGAUGCGAAGCGUGCUCUGGACGGAACACGCUGUUGCGGCGCAAGGAUUCGCGUGGAGAUGUCAUCGGGGCGUUCCCGUCGCUACAGGAUAACUCCUUCGGCUAGAACUACUUCCACUGCUACUUCUUCCUUCUACAACAUCAACAAUCUACAACAGCAACCAUCUUCACAGCCACAGCCAGCAACCUUCAACUUGCAACUCCAAAUUAUCCAUGUUCAGCGUCACAGCCUCACAGAAGUUUUGAUUAGCAACCCAAACGAUUUCAUCGUAGAAGAAGCAUUGCAGUCGCCAAAGAGUUCUACUAAUGAAGUUAUCCUGCGUAUCCCCCAAAUAAUUGCUUAGAAUUAUAUUCUUUAAUUUAAUUUUAAUAGCGAACUUUCUCAACGACCUUACUUUGAAAAUCAGAAAGCUGGCCAAGUCAGUUAACAUUUUAAAUUUGUCCGUCCAUUUUGUUAUUUUUAAAGACUGUAGAAAUAUUUUAAUAUGACAAACAAUUAUAGGGCUGUCCUAAAACUGUUUAUUAGCUUUUUGCUUCACACCUCACAAAUUGGUUUUGAUUACAUUAACUUAAUCGAUUAGAUCAAAAACAUUUUGCCCAACUUAAAUUUCUUGUGAUUUAUUUAAUGUAGCGAAUAAGAUUUGGCCAAGCCAGCAUUUUAUUAUUUAGUGCCAAAAUUGUUUUACAGCUCUUUGUAAGGCGCGUAUGUACAUACACUUCUUAUCAUUCUGAGCAGAUAGUUAAAUUUAAGUUAUGCAAAUUUAAUAGUAAUCUCUUACUUACCA